GGCCCAUUUUCUAUACCUGGAGCACGAUUGCGGGCGAGUGCAGGCUGAAAGGCAGUUGGCGAGCCGCUGGCUCUUGGAAUCAACGACAGCAGCAGCAGCAGCCAUGGCCGACUACCAGCGCGACCGGAUGCCGCCGCCGAGGCAGCCGCCCCAGCAACAACGAGUCCAGCCGUACGGAAGCGAUUACCAGCGCGAUGCCGCUUUUUCCAACAUCUUUGGCGCCGCUCCUCCUCCCGGCCGCUCGCAGACCAUGACCUCGUCCGUGGCGCCGCCUCAGUUCAACCAGGAUGGGCGUACCAAUACAAUGUCGUCGACCGUAUCGGACAUGCAUCGAUCGCCACCCCCGCGGCCGGUGCCGGGCGGUGACCAUCAGUUCCUCCCUCCUCGCCCGCGCCCCGACGGCAGCGGCCAGGGUUACGGUUAUUAUCAAGGCCAGCAGCGCUCGGCAUCGGGCGGCCAGCAAGUCCCCUCUCCCCAGUAUCUCCAGCAGCAACAGCAGGCGCGCCGCCCGUACCCCGGCGGCCCGGCCGUUCAGCAGCACGCGCCACCCCGAUUCGACCCUCGAAGAGGCCCGCCACCGCCCCAAGGCUACUACGACAACGGUGCUCAACCCACUCCGGCCCAGCGCUUCUACCAGGACGGAAGGCCCGCGCCCGCCAUGAACACAGAUCCAUACCGGUCCCAGUCUCUGGCUAACUACCCGAGACCUCAGAUGUACCAGCAAUCUCCGCCUCAACCGUACCUGCCCCAGCCGGCUCCGGCCAACGCCUUCCGAAAUGCCCAGUACAACCAGCACUCUGCCCGAACAACAGCGCAGGGCCGGAUUGUUCCCGAGAGACACAUGGAAGACCGGUCCAUGACCAUGACUGGAUAUCCUUCGCACGACCGAGAUGCGCACCAGACCAUGAGCGGACGCGUGAUUCCCAACCGGCGCCCGGUCGGCAUGGCGCCCUCACGUCCAGAUUUUUCGAGCAGCCAUGGAUCGUCAAACCCCGGAUUCCCUGCGGGAUACGGACCGCCCGGCUCUCAGACAAGGACUACCAGCAUGGGCUCGUCAGUCGGCAAGGACAGCAACAGGUCCAUGUCGAUGGCCUCUACAAUAGCGCCGCCCCCCUCGGUAGCACCCAGUGACAAGUCGGACGCGCAGACUCUUGUGCAACAACGCACGUCGAUGACCAAUUCGAUCAACGGUGAACGCCCGCCCACUGCCAAGAUCAGGCCGCCCAUCGUCUAUCCCGCCCUGCUUUCCCGCGUCGCCGAAUGCUUCCGCCAGAAGAUCGUCACGGGCGACCGCACCAAGAACGAGCUCACGUACAAGAAUGCCUUUAGCGGCGCCGAGGCCGUCGACGUUCUCUCGUACAUCAUCCGGACUACCGACAGGAACCUGGCGCUGCUCCUCGGUCGGGCUCUAGAUGCGCAGAAAUUUUUUCACGACGUCACGUACGAGCACCGGUUGCGCGACUCUACAUAUGAAAUGUACCAGUUCCGGGAAACCAUGACGGAUGAUCCCGAGGAGAAGCCUGCUGUCAAUGGCGUCUUUGUUUUGCUUACUGAGUGCUACUCCCCGACGUGCACAAGGGAUCAGCUCUGCUACUCCAUUGCCUGCCCGCGGCGACUAGAGCAGGUGUCGAGGUUGAACCUCAAGAUGGGUCCUGGUCUCAAGGGUGCGGGGAAUGCGACGAUGCAUGACGAUGAUAUGGACCAGACAGACGAGCAGAAGCUCUGGAUCAACAGCGUGCCCAAGGAGAUUGCCGACAGCAUAGGCGACCGGGAAAAGAAGAGGCAGGAGAUCAUCUCGGAGAUCUGCUACACGGAACGCGAUUUCGUCAAGGAUCUCGAAUACCUCAGGGACUUUUGGAUCUACCCACUGCGCGGCAAGAUCAACGGCCUCUCGCCAAUACCGCCACAGAGGAGGGAGAGGGUCGUCCGGACCAUAUUCACCAACAUUAUCGACGCCCCGAGCAUCCACGGCGUGAGCUCGAGAUUCGCGAGGGCCUUGACGGAGCGGCAACAGAAGACACCAGUGGUGAGGAAUGUGGGCGACAUCUUCCUGGAGUUCGUGCCGCAGUUUGAGCCCUUCAUCCUGUACGGUUCCAAGCAGCUCGAGGGUAAAUUCGAGUUUGAGAACGAACGAGCCAUCAAUAAGGAUUUCGCCCGAUUCGUGGAUGAAGUCGAGCGGCGGCGGGAGUCCCGGAAGCUCGAGCUCAACGGUUACCUGACCAAGCCGACGACCCGAUUGGCCAGGUACCCGUUGCUCCUCGAAAACGUGCUCAAAUAUACGGAGCCCGACAACCCGGACAAGGAGGACCUUCCGAAGGUCCUGACCAUGAUUAGGGACUUGCUAGGACGGGUCAACGAGGAAUCCGGCAAGGCCGAAAAUCGCUUCAACCUGCGCCGUCUCCACGAGCAGCUCAAGUUCCGCCCGAACGAGAGGGUGGACCUGAAGCUCACAGAGGAAGGCCGAGAACUGGUGUUCAAGAGCCAGUUCAAGAAGUCGCCAACGGAGAAUCCGGACAUUACCGCGUUCCUGUUUGAUCAUGCGGUGCUGCUUGUGCGCAUCAAGCAGGUGGGCAAGACAGAGGAGGUGAAGGCGUACCGAAGGCCUAUUCCGCUCGAGUUGCUCUCAAUCAAGGAGAUGGAAGAAGUGAUACCCCAGUCGGGCGUGAAGCGCUCCUCGUCGGGAAUCCUCCCUGCCUUGCGCAACACGGGGACGGAAGCAAAGAAGGGCGAGGGCUGGCCGAUCACGUUCCGGCACCUCGGUAAGAACGGCUACGAGCUGACGCUCUACGCAUCCAACCAGUCGGGCCGGCAGAAGUGGCUCGAGGUGAUCGACAAUGCCCAACAGAAGCUCAGGGCUCGUGCCGACUUCCUGAAUACGACGGUUAUCACAUCGGGCUUCUUCGCUGGCACGAAUAAGGUUAACUGCGUGGCACCAUUCGAUGGCGGUCGUAAACUCAUCUACGGAACCGACAACGGCAUCUACGUGUCGGACCGCAGGUCAAAGGAGAACUCGACGCCCAAGCGUGUCAUUGACGUGCCGAGCGUGACGCAGGUCGACGUUCUCGAGGAGUAUCAACUGCUGCUUGUGCUCUCGAACCGGUCGCUCUUGUCGUACCAGCUUAGCGCCCUGGAUCCCAACGAGCCGAUCUCGUCGAAGCGUGCCAAGAAGAUCCAGAGCCACUGCAACUUCUUCAAGACGGGCAUCUGCCUCGGCCGGCACUUGGUCUGCUGCGUCAAGAGCUCCGCGCUGUCGACGACCAUCAAGGUCUACGAGCCGAAUGAUGCCAUGUCCCGGACCAAGAAGCAAAAGGGUCUCAGCAAGAUGUUCAAUGCCGGGCAGGACGAGCUCAAGCCGUUCAAGGAGUUCUACAUCCCGACCGAAUCCAGCUCGGUGCACUUCCUCAAGUCCAAGCUCUGCGUCGCGUGCGCCCGCGGGUUCGAGGUGGUCUCUCUCGAGACGCUCGAGACGCAGUCCCUCCUUGACCAGGCGGACACGUCGCUCGACUUUGUCGCGCGCAAGGAGGGCGUCAAGCCGAUCCACAUCGAGCGGCUCAACGGCGAGUUCCUGCUCAACUACUCCGAGUUCUCCUUCUUUGUCAACCGGAACGGGUGGCGGGCGAGACCCGAGUGGCGGCUCGACUGGGAAGGCACGCCGCAGGCGUUCGCCCUGUCGUAUCCCUGGAUCCUGGCGUUCGAGCCCAACUUCAUCGAGCUCAGGCAUAUCGAGAACCUGGCGGUGCAUAUUGUGCCACACAGGAACAUUCGCAUGCUGCAUAGCAGCACGCAUGAGAUUCUGUUUGCAUAUGAAGAUGAGCGCGGUGAAGAUGUCGUCGAGGCCCUUGACUUCUGGAAGAGCCAGCGAAAGUCGGAGUUGUAUCAGGGCGGUGCCACCAACCCAAGUUCACCACCCGGUAGCUCGCAGGGUCCGUCGCGGCUGGGUACCGGGCAAUGAUUCUGAGCAUUGUG